AUGAUAGUAAAAGCUCCAAAAUCUGCUCGCCUUCAAAAAUAUUCUCAGAUUUCGAUAAAAAGUACUUAUUCUCCCUAUUUAUUAUUACCUUAAGGAGAAAUGAUAUAAUAGAUAUAGUAUCGCAUUAACAUGGUGAAGUAUAAAAUUACAUCGAUAAGGUCAAUGAUAAAACCUUAAUUGCCAUUUAAUUGGAAGUAUAUAUUUAUAAAAAUUUUUAGGAGUAAAGACUAAAUUUAAGAUAUUUUCACUUAAUUAACUAACUUGAAAAAACGAAGUUGCAAAUUAUUAAAUUAGAAGAAAAAUUAAGACAAUAAAAUGAGUACUUAUUGAUAAUAUUUUAGCCUUGAUAAUCAUCCAUAAAUUAAAUUAAUCAUUAGUGAAUUAUCAAAAGUAGAUUAAUAUCGUUUAGCAUUAAUUAAAAAAGUACUUUACUCUUGUAUUAGACCUAACAUUUAAUGCAAGAUUUGCAAUAAAAUUAAUUUACUAUCAAAGAACUUAAAGAAUAAGUCUAAAACAAAAGAUUACAAAUUAGAGACUGGGUAAGAGAUUGUUGGCAAAUUUAAUAAUCAAUAGUAAAAACUCUAAAACUAAUUAUACUUAAUCUACUUCUAGAACUGUAAUUCUUUUUAUAUAAUAUCUUUAGUAUAGAAUUCAAUUACAAAGUUUAGAUCAUAGUAGUAAUAGAAGCAAUAUUAACCUUUUUAUUACUGGUUAAGAUUCUAAAACUAAUCGCUUAAGUUUAUCUCAAUUACCCCCUAUUAAAAUGAAAAAGCACUCAAAAAGCAAACUAUUAGAAGUACUAUAAAAAGUAUCUUUUAGAGGAUAACAACAAGUAAUACUAAUUUAUAUUUAUUUAUUUAGCCUGUAAAUGAUAUUAUUGAAAUUUAUAAAUAAAUCAAUAUUUUCACGAAAAAAAUUACUGAAUAAAUGCAAGAAAUCAAAAAAAAAUAAAAUCAGUACUCUUCCAUUAGAAAUUUACUCGUUUAUUGUACAAAUCUGUCUUUAAAAUAAUUUAAAAAUAAAUAGAAAAUUACUAAUUAUAAUGGAUAUGCAAACUCAAUUUAUUUUGAUUUCAAUACAUCUAUCAAUUAAUCUAUGACUGAUUAUUAAAGUAAUCCCAAUCAAGAAAGAAAAAUUUAAAACAUUUUAUAUGAUACUCUCUAAUAAAUCAUGGUUAAUAUGAUAGAUGCAUAACAAAAAAGUGAACAAAACUCAACAGAAGAAUCAAUGUAAUUAAGCCAUGUAAUACUAGAAUCAAAAUGCUAUUUAAAAGGAAUAAUUUAUGGAAUUCAAUUCUGAAUAAAUUUUGGGAUUAUUAGCACUUCAACCAAGAUUGA